AUGAAGGACACAAUAUUCGAAAUCAAACAAUCAACGGCAAGGGAAAAUAUUACCUUUCACUUCCAGCCUAAUGAUCAAUUCGAUGCUGUUAAAGAAGCCAUAGUGAGAAAAUUCAACAACAAGCGCAAGCUUUCAACAGCAUCCCCAAUGGAAGGCUCCUCUCCCAUUCACUUACAACAACACAUUGGCGGAUUGCCUUCACCGCCAGUCGAAGAAAAGAAAGUUAUUGCCAUCUCAACUUCUCCAAAACGUUUAAAAGAGCAAUCAUCCUCACCGCCAUCAUUGACAAGUCAAGAAAUACGAGAGAAAAUUCAAUAUUUGAAAGAAGAGAAACACAGUUUGUUUCAAUUGAUCAAACAAAUGAUGAUGGAAGAAGAAAACAAGAAGCGACAAGCCAAAGCAGAAGAACGAAUCUCACAACAACGACAAGCACCUCCUCCUCCUUUACCACCACAAUCAGCGCCCGCUCCACCACCUGCACAGCAACAACCUAAAAAGAAAAGUAGGUGGGGAGCACCAACAGCAGCAUCAGUAGACACAUCUCCUUUCUACAGCAGUAAUAGUAAUCAAUCAUCUUACUUUUAUCCUCGUCCUACACCACCUUCCUCUCGAUAUAACUCUAGUCAUCCCUAUUCGAACCAGCAAAGGCCUAGACAGCAUCCAUCUCAGCAUCACUACUCGCUAUCACGACCUCCCUAUUCAAGAUAA